CCGAGGAAGAGGCUGCUGAAAGCCGUGAGCCUGAGCCAGCCGAGUUCCCUAUGUGGAGGGGAGUAUGAAAGCCUUCGUGACAUUAACUGAACCGAAAGCGAGAGAGAGAAGUCGAGAAGCCACGCCGGCCGAAUCUAGACGCCGUAGAGACGGACUAGGGUUUCCAGCCACCGCCACGGCUACGGCCACCGCAGACCGACUUGGGCCACCGCCGACUAUCUCCGACACUUCUACGUUUCUCCCCUCAGCCCGACGCGUCCACCUCCGGGACCGCCGACGAAAUUCCUCCUCUCCGUUCUUCGCUCUGCCCGACGCCUCCAUCUCCGGCACCGCGACCCUCCGCCGGCCACGGCACCACUCUGCCAAUCUGUUUCAAAAACCCUAAUCCCAAUCUGUUGGUCGGCCGCCCCUUUGCAACUCAUCUCGCUCGUUUUCACUGCAAUUCUGAUAGUGUGGAACAAAAUGAAGGAGACAGAUACAGGACCAAAGGAUGAAAUAAUGGAAGCUCUCAAGAAAGAUCAAAACAAAAUUUUAGAUUUGGCUCCUCGAGCUUGGUACACAACUUUGGAUGGCAUUACAAAACUGGGUUUUGUGCAAAAUCUAAUAGAGAGAUGUCUACAACAUUACAUGAGCCAAAAAGAAGUUGAGAAUACUCUUUCAGCUCAGGCAAAGAUAGAGCCUGGUUUUAUUCGACUUGUUUGGGAGAAGCUUGAAGAAGGAAACCGGGAGUUUUUCAAUGCAUAUUGGCUAAGAUUGAUGGUGAAGGAGCAAAUAAUGCGAUUCAAUUGGUUGCUUGAGAAGCAAGUUGAGUUUAUGCACCGUAAAAGUCCAACUGAUAUUGCUUCCUUGCCUAUGUCUAAUGGAUCUCAUCUUCCAUCAAUGCACCAGAAUUCUGCCUGUUAUCCUUCAGAUCAUAGUGGACCUGUUAUGAAGGCAGAUAACAUGCAGCAGGCUAUUGGUUCAAGUUCACAGAAUGCAUUCCCUAUUGGGGGGUCAUCACUGCAGCAGUGCGUGCAAAAUGCUGUUGACGUGUCUGCUCAUGCUGGAACUGAUGUUUCAGCAAACAUGCUGUUGGCUCAGAGCUCAAAUGUGGGAAUGAUAGAAGGAAUUAAUGGGGGGAUGAUAAAGUCCGAAGGUAACCAUUAUUCAGGCAUUUAUCCUUUCAUGUAUGGGAGUGGCAGUGAUGUCCUUGAAGCAAGUGCUGGAAUUGGAGAUGCAUUUGUCUCAACUGUCGGCUGUCUAGAAUCCAUCUCACAACCCCUGAAUGAACCCCUCCUGGAUGCUGAUGGUUCAACAUUUUCAUUUCCAAGGCAAAUUCCUCAAGCAUUCAGUUUUUCAGACUUGACAGCAGACUUUUCUGAUAGUUCUGAUAUACUAGGGAGCUACUCUGGGUUGCCCGUCCCGGAUUUUGAUACGAAUAGCUUCUCGGAUCCUCAUGGCGGGAGAGGUCAAGGAGCGACGCAGAAUGGUAGUUGGAAAUUGUUGUAAAUAUGGCUGAGUAGAAAUUGCAAAGGCACCAUAAUUUGGAGCUUGCUGAAGGGUGGAUACUGUUUGGAGUGUGAUGCUUAGGAAGUAAGUUGAUAGUGAUUGGUGACACUGACGUUAGGUUUGCUUGCUUUUUUGGGGAAGGCAACAGAAUAUGUUUCUUUGAGACUUGUCUAUAUUAGGCUUCUCUUCUCAUAUGAACAUGAAUAUGAAAAUGGUGGUGUCUAUAUCUGAAUUUCCCGUUGAGAAAUAAAUAAGUAAAUAAUGCGUUUUACUUA